AUGAACUACCCCUCAGGCCUCCUCUCACUCAACGACGACGUCCUAAUCGCGAUUUUCUCCUUCCUGAAUUCCAAGGCGCGCUGGCCACAGCUUCAACCUCCAAACGCGCCUACAGACUCGCAUCUCUCGCUUAACCUCCGCACCAUCAUCCUUGAGAAUUUCGAUUUCCUCAUCGACGAGGACGGGCUUGUCAUCAAAGCGAUCGGCGCGAUGCACCACCUCGAGCAUGUCAGUUUCCAACAAAGUGGCCCGGAAACGGUCUCCGCUUUGCCGAAGCUGUUGUCAAGCCGGAAGCUCACCUCUUUGGCACUGGAUUUCGACGAUACCUAUUAUGAGGAGGACAUUGUCGACCUUCCCGCUCUCUUCGCGGGCCUCUCCUCCGCCCCGGGCAUACGCACUCUGGACAUUGCACUCAACUACCUCCCCACUGCGCCGUCGAUGCGUCCUUCCCACAAUUUUUCUCUUCCUCAAUUCAUCACCUUACCCUCUCCUCCCUCCCGGGCUCUUUUCCGGGAUAAUCCCCCCGCUACGUUCUCUAUGUCGGCGGAGGACCGAUGGCCAGCCCGACUGAAAGAGCUCGAGCUUCCGAGGCACAUCACCAUCGCGGAAGACACCGUCCAGCACAUGAAGCCGGUCUCCUGCUUAUCGUUCGGGGGCGAAACCCCGAUCCCCGGGGGAGCCGACUUCGAAAACUUCCUCCAGGUCCUCGCGACCUUCCGCCCCACCCUCCUCGAGCUCCAUACGAAAUGCUUUCUCGCCGAUGCGAGCCGAAUGUGGGACACCCUGCGCAGUGCGGCGCCGCAGCUCCGCUCUCUCUCGAUCGUCGUCGCGGAUGGCGAAUGCAACGUGCGCGAAUACGUGGAUCCGCUUAUCGCCGCCCUCCGAUCCACCUCGAUCGUCCACCUCUCCCUCGAAUUCCCGCCCACCCGCGAGGGCUUCUUCGUCGCAAACAUGACCCAAGUCGACAGCAUCUGCGCCGCGGAGGUCCGCCGCGUCGAGGCGCUCCGCCCGCUCCCCUUGCAACUCGCCGAGGCCGUCCCGUCGCUCCGCGUCCUCGCGCUCUUCUCCUGCUGGCCCGCACGGAUGGGCAUCCACACGCGUGCGGGGCGCGCGGAGCUGCUGGAGCCUCCGCCGGAGUUCAUAGCGGAGCUCGAGCGCGAGGACGAAAUCGGGCGGCUGUGGGGACCGGACAGCGAGUUCCUCAACGCGCCGAUGCGGAGGAUAAGGGAGCUCUGGGCAGAGAUCCCGCGCGACAAGCGGUGGUGGUGGGUCGAGGGCAAAGGGGCGGCGCGGAGGCCGGUCGAGAUUUGGCGGGAGGACGGCGAGCGGGCGCGGGACAUGAUCAAACGUGCGGACUUUGAUCCUGAGAAGGGGCUCGAUGGGUUCUACUCGGACAAGUGUCGCUACGAGUGGUAG